GGCUGAGAAGGAGAAUAGGGCGGGGCUAGUGCGGCUAUUCAGGUUUUUAGAAGCAUGUUUACAGCGGCGCUGUCAGUAAGAGGGAGAGGAGCGAGCGGUCAGGAGUUGUUCCUGAGAUCAAAACAAGGUUCUCAGAUGACAGAGCUCCAGCUCCCUUGUGUUUCAGAGUCUGAGGUGUGAUGUAACUCCUGCUCCAGAUGCAGACGCUGAAGUCUUUGUUCAGUGAUGAAAAGUGAGCUGCCGUGAGACCGCUUUGAGAUUUCAGGUUGUGAUGUACAGGUGAGAAAACACGGGUGAUGUUACACUACACUUCUGUGUAGAGCUGAUACACACUUUAAACUGGACAAGCGCUAGUUCUUUCCAUCACACCACCAGCAUCAUAAUCAUCAUGGGUGUGAUGGCUGAUCCCCAAACCAUCAGCUGCCCCUCAGUCACUCCGCUCAUCACCCAGAGCUCCAUUCCUUCUCUGUCUCGUACUCCUUCGAGGCCGGGUGACCGUCCCCGGGCAUUGUGGCCGCCGCUGGACUUCACUCUGGGUUCUCUGGCCUGCUGUGGCGCCUGUGUGUUCACUAACCCACUGGAGGUCGUGAAGACUCGUCUGCAGUUGCAGGGGGAACUGCAGGCGCGUGGAUCGUACCAUCAGCACUACCGAGGGGUGCUGCAGGCUCUCUGGCUGGUCGGUCGCACUGACGGCCUGCGCGGCCUGCAAAAGGGCCUUGCCGCCGGACUGCUGUACCAGGCGCUUAUGAACGGUGUUCGGCUCAGCUUCUACUCCUACACUCAGGUCUUAGGGAUCACCGACGUGCCGGGGGGCAACGUGGCCUCAGGGGCAGCUGCUGGGGCUUUAGGGGCCUUCAUCUCCUCUCCUGCUUAUCUGGUAAAGACACACCUGCAGGCGCAGACGGUGGAGGCCAUCGCUGUAGGUCACCAGCAUAACCACCAGGGAAUCUCCAGCGCCUUUGCUACCAUAUACAGGCGUGAGGGAGUGACCGGCCUGUGGAGGGGCGUGAACGGUGCUGUGCCCAGGGUCAUGGUGGGCUCGGCGGCUCAGCUCGCCACCUUCAGCUCGGCCAAAGAGUGGCUCACACACACACAGUGCUUCAGUCCUGAUAGCUGGCUCAUCGCUCUGAUGGCAGCCACGGUCAGCGGCGUUGCCGUGGCGAUCACUAUGACUCCGUUCGACGUGAUCAGCACAAGGCUUUACAACCAACCCGUGGACAAGUUGAAGAAGGGUCAGUUCUACACUGGGUUCCUGGACUGCCUGCUGAAAGUGAGCCGGACCGAGGGGGUUCUGGGUCUGUAUAAGGGGAUGGGUCCCGUGUUCAUGCGCCUGGCGCCUCACACCGUGCUCAGCAUGCUGCUGUGGGACGUCAUGAGGCAAAAAGCUCUGCAGCACUACGCCAUCUGAGGAGACCCAGAGCUCCGCCUCCACCCGGAGCUCCUCCUCCACGCUGUGCCUCAUCACACAGCUCAGGGUUCCACUCGGUCCAGCAGCGGAGAGUUCAGGAAGCUCACACUCAGGGACAGAAAAGUGAAGUGUGUGAGGAAAAUCCUCCAGAUCUUCCUGUCACUGUAGAGACUCUCACGGCUCAGGAACUCAUUCUAGGGUUCUCCAAACCGCUGCUCCUCGUUCUGCAGAGAACCCUAGAACUUCCACUGGACUAGGGUUAAAUACGCUCUCUAUUUGCAAAUUAACCGAUGAUGUCAUCAUGAAAUUGUUUAAUGUGAAUGCGAACAUGAAAAUAUAAUCCUAACCCUAAAGAUGGACACAUGAUUGUCUCAUGAGUGAGGCUAAGAACUUAGCUAGCUGCUACGUCCACUCCGUGAUGAACGAAUAGAGAGAAUCUUCACAAGCAUCAACACUUCCCUCCCAUGUGUUCAUAAAUUUACUAACUGAUGGUGUGUGUGUGUGCGCGUGUGUGUGUGUGUGUGUGUGUGUGUACUACUACUAAACCAGCUGUAACGGAGAGAGAUGCUAACGUUGGCUCUAACACUGGAUAUGAUGGGGUUUAUUUUGGGGAAAUCCUUGGUAUCUGAUGAUGUGUUGGACUUCCUGUGUGUUUAUAAACAGGUUACGCCAAAUCGAAAGCGAUUCCAAAACAAAUCCAAACAUUUUUUGCGCAAACAACCCCAGCUGUUUAAUGGGAAAAAGUAAUGGCACCCUGUGAGCAGGUGAGUGUGUGUCUAUGGGAGAUGCAGUGGCUAAGCUGUGCUACUGGAAGAUUUUUAAUGGGCUGGAGUUCUGUGGGCGGAGCUACAUGCAAAUGAGCUGUGCCAUAAACAUGAUCAGUAAUGUACAGCUGAUUUAAUACUCCCAAUGAAAAUCUGAGAGAAACUCUUAAAUCUAGUGGAACAUUUUAGUUCAGUUCUGUGAAAACAUCUACACACAACACACGCACUUACACGCACAACACUUACAUCUACAUACAACACUUACACACAUCUACACACAAUACACAACAUCUACACACAACACACGCACUUACACGCACAACACUUACAUCUACAUACAACACUUACACACAUCUACACACAAUACACAACAUCUACACACAACACGCACUUACACGCACAACACUUACAUCUACACACAAUACACAACAUCUACACACAACACACACACUUACACGCACAACACUUACAUCUACACACAACACUUACACACAUCUACACACAAUACACAACAUCUACACACAACACACGCACUUACACGCACAACACUUACAUCUACACACAAUACACAACAUCUACACACAACACACACACUUACACGCACAACACUUACAUCUACACACAACACACAACAUCUACACACAACACACACACUUACACGCACAACACUUACAUCUACACACAACACUUACACGCACAACACUUACAUCUACACACAAUACACAACAUCUACACACAACACACACACUUACACGCACAACACUUACAUCUACACACAACACUUACACACAUCUACACACAAUACACAACAUCUACACACAACACACGCACUUACACGCACAACACUUACAUCUACACACAAUACACAACAUCUACACAUAGCACUUACAUUUACACACACAUCUACAAAACUACACAUCUACACACACAUCUACACACAACACAUACAUUUACACACAUCUACACACAACACUUAUAUUUACACACACAACUACACACAUUUACACACACAUAUACACACAACACUUAUAUUUACACACACAUCUACACACAACACACGCACUUACACGCACAACACUUACAUCUACACACAAUACACAACAUCUACACACAACACACGCA